AUGGCGGACCUGCGUCGGUCAGGCACUGAGGCCAAGCGUGACCACGACCACAAGGCCAAGUGGGCAUAUGGUGCUCGCAGCCGGAAGGCAAUUCGAUAUCAGAGCGAGUAUGAUACCGAUUUGUCUCGUCCGCAGGUCCCCUUCACCCACUACAAGGCGUGGCAACGCGCCUGCAAGCGGUUGGAGGAGCCGAACAUCAACGAAGCCGCCCGGUCUGCCCGCUUCAGCCUUCGUUGCGAUGUGAAAGAGGCCCUCAGCAGCGGAACAUCCGACUCGUCCGCCGAUGAGGCCGUCCACGAGAGCACCGCAACAGAUGCCGUGAUGGAGAUGGAGGAUGACGACCCGCUGAACUCCUAUGACGCAUCUGGAAACAGUAUUUUCUCCGCGGCUGUCUCCAGGGCGGUAGAGAAGUAUGAGACCAAGGUGACCGAGAAGCUGGUCAAGGAAUACGAGUUUGUGUCCAAGGACGACGGGCCUGGAAAUGGCUACGUUGCCGACGUGGACGACUUUGAGCUGGUCGACCACGCUGAGAUCUAG